CUCAAAUAACUAAACUAUGUAAAACUUUCUUAUCAUCUGAUCUAAAAUGACGUUUAUAACCAGCUAAAGAAAAUUUAUCUUUCAACAGAUAUUUUGAAUUCAAACAGUUAGUCGCAAAAUGGAUACAUUAAAAAUCGGACUUUGUUUUGUACUGCAUCUUUUGAUUAUCGACUGCCGAGCAGACGAUGCACUACUGAAACAACUGCUAGACAGAAUAGAAAAGCUGGAAAGAAAAGAUUUAGAGUCGACGGUAAGACUGUCAGAAAUGGACGAUAAAGUUCAAUUCUACGCAGAUCUCACAGAAAAUCUCCGGGAGGAAUUGACAGAGAAAGGUCGUAUAAUUGACGAAAUGAACCGACGGAUUUUAGAUUUUGAUGAUAUUGUUCGGAAACUUAAGACCAACGAACAGGUCGAAACUACCAAAACGAGAAAUGGAGAAUAUGUGGAAGCCACUGCCAAGAAAGAAACAACAAUUGCUCCCGAGGUCAAUGUCAGUAGCAGUAUGCAUAGACAAGGAAAUCAGUCUAAACGGAUUGUUUCUAGUUUUUCAUACAACAGGAAAAAUAUCAACACAAGAAUGACGUUGCCGAGUAGUCGUCAAGCCAUCAGUCAAGGAGAAGCUGUCGCAUUCCAUGCAGUAAAUAGACAGGGCGAAUAG